UGCAUAUUUCAAAAUGGCAGAAGACCCGACUCGCCAGAGAGAGAAAGAGAGUAUUUGACCUCUGAAGUUUCUUUCUUUUUUCUUCAAUGGAAAUGGGUAUUUGAUUAUCAUGAAUUCUUGUUAUUAGGUCACAGAUAUGAACAAAAAAAUGUAUACUUCAUCUUCUUGUUCUUCUUCUUCCUCCUCCAUGCCCUCUCUUUCUCCUCCUCCUCCUCUCGUCUUCCAUCCUCCAACUUGUUUCACCCCUAUUCAGGAAGAGAACGACAACGAUGAUUCAGAGGAAGGAUAUGGUUCAAGACCUUCCACUAAUAGAAGAGAAAUCGACGACGGCGUUGAGUUUAAGCGUCUUCCUACGCCGUUGUAUCAAAGCGACCGGAAAAAGGGUAAGGAAAGCCGGAGGCGGAAGGGAUCUGGAAACGAUGACGGCGGUGACGGCGGCGGUGGUGUUGGGGUGUCUUGGAAUAAGUGUAGGCCGGGGAAUAGGGAGAAGAUGUCGGUAGUUCCGGUUGAUAACAAUGGAGUUGGGCGAAAUUCUAUGGCUAGUCCAAAUGGGUUAUUUAAAUCGAUAUUGUAUUCGUUAACGAAAAAGAGUCCACGAACUCCGUCUCAGGCGGAUUUGCAGGAGGAGCAAUGGAAGACGGCGGUGGCGGAGUUGUCUCAUAAAGUGAUUCAGGCGACGAAGAAACGAGAUGAUGCGAUUCUUGAAUCGUCAAAACUGAAAUACUCUGUUUUUGAGCUUGAGAAGAAACUGAACAAGUUGGAGAUUUACUGUCAUAGUCUUAAAUCAGGUCUGGAUAGUUGCAAUAACAAAUCGCCGGUAAGAGCAAAUAAUCAGCCUUUAAUGAUCGGAGACGCCGACAAGGUUAUCAAGCAUUUCCUCGUAUCGAUUGCCGAAUCUCGUUCGCAUGUUCGAAUCCUCAGCCGUUUCUUAACAAACCAAUUCCGUCAACUCGGACCCAAAGCCCUGGAUCGAAUCUCAUCUCUUCUCCAUCCUUACGACAUCAGUCUUUCCGUAUCUAAAAAUCCAAGAGCAAUCGUUGUCUAUCUCGAGGCUCUACUAAACAAAACAUUCUUCGAAGAUUUCGAAACAAUGGGAUUUAAAAAAAGUGGCCCCACCCAGAUUCUGAAUCCAAUAGAAAGGUGUGAAUCAAACUUCAAAUCAUUUAACCAAUUGCAGAAUCUAACGUGGGAGGAAGUACUAAACAGGGGAACAAGACAUUUUAGCGACGAAUUCAGCCGUUUCUGCGAUAGGAAAAUGAGUGAAGUUGUGGGUAUGUUGGGUUGGAAUAAAACUUGGCCGGAACCAUUGUUGCAGGCUUUCUUUGGUGCUUCAAAAUGGAUAUGGCUUGUUCAUCUUCUUGCUAAUUCGGUUCAUCCAAGCUUGCCUGUAUUUAGGGUUGAGAAAGGAGUUGGGUAUGAUUCAAUCUAUAUGGAAGAUAUGGGUGGUGAGAGAUGCCGGAAAUUGGUGCCGGAAGAGGUGAGGGUGAUGGUUGCGCCUGGAUUUUAUGUUUUUGGAAAUGUGGUGAAAUGUAAGGUGAUAUCUAGAUACCAUAACAAUAGCAGCGGCGGCGGUGGUGACGGGAGUAGCCAUGGUAGUAGCGACAAGGGUGGUUGAUCUUCAUCAUCAUGGUAUUCAUGUUGAUUCCUGUAAUAAUAUUCCAUCUUUUUGUUUUACUAUAAAAGUAGAUUUUACCAAAAACAAAAGUAUGGUUUCUUGUCUUUGUCUGUCUCUUUGUGUUGACAUUUCUCUAGUAAGGACUAAGGAUACAGUCUUUUCUUUUUUUCUUUUUUGCUGCCCCCCCUACUGGUAUGGAUGGACUCACUUUGCUUUUAUAUUUGUAAUAAUUAGGGCUAAUUUGAUUUCGACUUAAAUGGUACUAAUAGAGGAGCUUAAUU